CGACGACGAGCUGCAUUCCAUCGCCACCACUUCACCUUCAUCGACAACUCUACGAUAUUUGCAGAAAAGGACAAUAACAGCCCGUCAUGGUGCGCGACGACACCAAAAGCGGCGGAAAUGGCGGCGACGAGGUCAAAGCAGAACGCGGCAUGGCCACUCUGUCGACGUUGAGAAUUGGUACAAAGGCCAUGGUGGAAAAGGAUGGCGAGAAAAGAAAGGCAGAAAUUCUGUCGAUGCAAACACGAAAAGGCAGACCGACCUUUUAUGUCCACUAUCAAGAUUUCAACAAGCGUCUGGAUGAAUGGGUGCCCGCAGAGCGCCUGGAUCUGACACAAGAAGUCGAAUGGCCUAUUCCUGAGAAGGCAGACAAGUCGAAACAGAAGACAGCUCAAUCGAAAGCUCAGCCAUCCAAGACUGAUAAUGCGAAGAACACCAAAGUCGGCCAGAAACGACCUCGAAGUGGUACUGCCACACGAGAAGCUUCCGAAGCGCCUACAGAUCUUGGAGCGAAACUCAGCAUUCAGAGGUCGAAAUCUGGAGGCGGCAAGGAGAAUCGCGAUCCGAAUGUGGCAGUUCUGACAGAGGACCUGGAUGGAACGCCACAGCCUGACGAUGAGUCUGCAGUCGAUCUCGUGGACAUGCAAGAAGCCGCAGCUGCUGCUAAGGCUGUGCCGGAGACAGUCCCCUACUCACGCGAAGAGGAGAUUGAAAAGCUUCGCACCGGUGGCAGCAUGACCCAAAACCAGACCGAGAUCAGCCGUGUUCGAAAUCUCGACAAGCUGCAAAUGGGAAUGCACGAGAUCGAGCCUUGGUACUUCUCGCCCUAUCCCGCCGAGUUCACCGACUGCGAUAUGGUAUACAUCUGCGAGUUCUGCCUAUCCUACUUCGGAAGUCAAUUCCAAUUCGGGCGGCAUCGAAAAAAGUGCCAGCUCAAACAUCCUCCCGGGAAUGAAAUCUACCGCGAUGAGCACGUCUCCUUCUUCGAAAUUGAUGGGCGAAGACAGCGAACCUGGUGCCGCAACCUCUGCCUUCUCUCCAAACUCUUCCUUGACCACAAGACUCUCUACUACGAUGUCGAUCCUUUCCUCUUCUACUGCAUGACAACACGCGACGAACACGGCCAUCACUUGAUCGGCUACUUCUCCAAAGAGAAAGAAUCCGCCGAAGGCUAUAACGUCGCUUGUAUCCUCACCCUCCCCCAAUGGCAACGCAAAGGCUUCGGCCACCUCCUCAUCCAAUUCUCCUACGAACUCAGUAAAAUCGAAGGCAAACUCGGCUCACCCGAAAAACCUCUCUCCGAUCUCGGUCUUCUCGGCUACCGUGCCUACUGGCAAGAUGUCAUUGUCGACCUUCUCCUCGAACGUGAAGCCGAAGCGGGAGGAUCUGGAGGAGCGGCGAGUAUUGAAGAUAUUGGAACUUCGCUCGCGAUGACGACGAAUGAUGUCCUGCAUACAUUGCAGAAUUUGAAUAUGUUAAGGUAUGCGAAUAAAAAUCAUGUGAUUGUGCUGCCGGAGACAGUGUUGAAGGCGAGGGAGGCGAGGAAGGAGAAGGAGAAGUUGAAGGGGAAGAGGAUGAUUGAUCCUGAGAGGUUGAUUUGGAAACCUCCGGUUUUUGCGGCGAGUGCGAGGACGUGGGCGUGGUAGGGUUGUAAGGUAUUGUGGAGAUGUUGUGGGAGAAGUGAUUAUGAGGACGGAGCUGGCGUUCGACAUAGGAUAUACCCAUGG